AUGGGUGGUUCUGGGUCAAAGAACAUCGGGAAUUUCAAAAGCGUUGCUGUAUCAGAUGCCACAUCUAGCACGCUGGAUCUUUCUGAUCUCAAAAUAAGGACUAGUUCUUGCACGAUUGAAGAAACUUCGCCGAAACUUUGUUCAGACUGCUGCACCGAAGCCGUUGAUCGACCUCCCUCAGCUAAACCAGAAGAUACAGUCGUCUGUGAGUCUGUAGAGCAGGUUUUCGAAAGCGCUGAAGUAGCCGAGUUUAUUCAGAAUGAUGAGCUUGAGGAAGACAACUUGAUAGAGGAGGUGACUCCUAUCCAACUUGAUUCAACCUUGGAGAAUGCUUGUCUGAGUUACAAGCAAGCACGUUUCACUGCUUUCGAAAUACCUUUUCACACUGGGCCCUGCGCUAUCCCGACUGCUGCAGCUCUUCUGGAUCAGCCCUUUCCCGAAUCGCACGUCCACGAGGAUACCGAGACCGAGGUCCCAGUGUGUUCUGGAAUGACCGAGGCUUUGCCAACGCCGAAUCCACCUAGUGUUAGAACACAAACUACUGCGAGCUCUGGGAGGCGUGCUCUCUAUCAGGAUGUUUGCAUGAAAUCCGGACGUCCGUGCCAAAGACAGACACUGUGCAAAAGAUAUCCCCAAAUCUAUGGUAAAGCCCGCGAAAAACUCCUGCCUAUUAUAACCUAUGAUCCGCCUUUUUCUGAAAAAAGUGAUCUGACCCUAACCUACCGUUCGGAAAAGGAGUUUUCACUAAGGACGUUGAACACGGCAAAGGAGCAAAGUGCCAGACCAUCACAAUGGAAGACAGAACGCUUGACCAACGGCACGUGGCUCCACUAUCCAAAUAGAGUAUACUCUCCCCAGAUGGCGCGCCACCGAGCAAUGCCUGGAAAACCGUCAACGAGACUCCUAAAACCCAUCGACAAGUCUCUGUUUCUGGGGAACCAUGUGGCAGCCGAUGAAGCCCUCUCCCAACAGGCAAAAUUCAGAACCGCGCCCCCGAAGAUGUGCUCCAUGCUUCCUCCGUUGAUUAAAUCGGAGGCGAGCACUAUAAAGGGGCGAGCGAGGCCGAUGUACAAGGGAAAAGGGCGACGUGUAACGGGACCGGGGAUCCCUCUUUCCUCACUGUACUCCCGGAGUCGAAGCACUCUUCAUUCUCUCCCUCCCCCAGCCUCCUUCUCUUCACCUCGUGCUGAAAAAUUGCGUGAAAUCGAGGACGGAUUUAGUCUUCUCACUUUGAAUGAAUCCGAUAGUGAAUAG